ACUUCUCACUCUAAUGCAUUCAGGUAAGUUUGACUGGCGCCUUGCAUGAUGUUCGGAUUUCAGUUGCUGAUAUGUCUUUAGCCUCCUUGCCAACAUGGAGAACGAUCACCCGGCUUCGCCCCCGUCUACUUCUGCCUCCCCCGCGAUGUCGAAGGCUGUCCCUGACAGUGAUAAGAAAGAGGGCGAGUAAAAGUAUUCUUCUUCCUUCGGUGUCUUGCAUUUCGGCAGAAUAGACUAGGCGGAGCUGUGUUUUCUUGCAUUUACAGGCCUUUUUUUUUAUCAGACGUGUCACAAAAGUUGAGCACAUUUUCUUUUUCCAGAGCUCAUGAUACCUUGCCCAUAGACAGACGGACACGAUUCCUCUCAGCGUGAGAGGCGACCCUUGCAUCGGACUAGGGAUUUCCUUCACCAUUGUGCUCAUUACCACCUACCUCAGCCCCUUUUCUGAUCAUGCUUCGAGCGUGUUUCAGUUCUUUAAUGUUGUGGAGGAUUUCCGGUUCAAGGGUUCAGCAUGACCCUAACGUUGUCGUUGGCCAGCAUACUUCUGGCUGUUUUAUCUCCAGGAGAGGCUACGCACAAAAAAGGGGAGGUAAUGAUGGUAAGAAGCGUCACGAUGAUCACGUCGCAACCGUCAUAUACAUACGUACGACUCGGGGUGGAUGGCGGAGGUGGUGUUCAGGGCAUUUGCGGUUGAAUUUUAUUUCGGACUCAACGAGGCAGAACGUGGGAGGGGAUGGAACGAAAGGGAACGGAAUGAUAUGGAAUGAAAUGGUUUUCUCGGUGCAUUCUUCCUCUCUGGCCUUUUCAUUAUACGUGGACAGCCUCUCGCCAUGCUUACGCCCCUUCGCUGGCUUUAGAUGUUGCUCCCUCACUUAACGCUGACGAAUCACAUCACGUCACGAUGGGUUAGGAAAGGGUUCUCAAAACAAGACCAUGAUUGAUGAUGACGACUCAGGCUCUCUUUACUUUGCCUCAUGGGCAUAUCCAUUGCUGUACCAAGAAGGAGGGCAUGACCGUUCGCCGACGGCUCUGUCGCUUGGUGUAUAAUGUAUAGAGGCGUUCAGCCUGGUUGAGCUUUAAUGAAAGGGUCUUGAUGAUGCCUUACUGUAUAUCAUCUAAUUUCGAAAAAGCAUGGGCCAUUGGCAGGGACAAUUUACAUAUAUGUUCAAAACUUGCUGCCUCUUACUCGUGAUUAGUAAUUAGUUACUGUUGAGCACAUGUUUUGGGAAGGGAAGAGUAUAAUAAAAC